AUGGUUGAGGGGGAGGGAUUUUUUUCAAAGGAUCAGUUCCCUGUGGAACAGCUCUUCCCUGGGCCCAGCUCACGAGCGCUGCGCUCCUCGUGGAUGGGAGCACAGUGGGGAAGCGCCCAGGAUGAGCGGUUUACCAUCGAGCUCACCCGGGCCCGGCUCCUGUCAAGCACUUUAGAGCACCGAGGUUUGGAACUGAGGCUAAACCGAAGGGCUUUCCCCUGCUUCUGUCACCCUGUGCUGUCUCCCGGUAUCUCCUCACUAUCUGGGUCCAGGCCCGGGUCCUCCCUGCAGACUCCCUUCCCUCCAGCCCACAAGGACUCCAGCCUGCUGGCUGGUGAGAGCUGGAUGAGCAGUAAGAAGUUAACGCCGGGGACCAUGCUCUGCAGACAGCAGUCCUCUAGCAUGGCCCCGGCAUUCAGCCAGUCGGUCACCUGUGGGCCAUCCCCAUGUGUGAGGAAGCAGGAGUCAGCCCCCAAGUGUCUCCACAUUGGAGCUUGCAGCACCCAAGGUUCAGUGACACAGGGUGGUUUGGAGCUGGUCACUGUCAUAGCAGCUGUGAUUUCACAAGGAAGGGUGCUGCAGGGGGACCUGGUUGAUGGGGAGUGGGAAGGGGAAGGUAUAAAGAGAUCUUCCUUAGGCACCUUACUUGCCUUGGGUGAUAUCUCAGGGUCCUCUAAGAUCCUACCAGGUGUCACCUGCUGGUUUGUCUGGUGCACCUUCACCCCCAUCCCCCUGAGGGGGUCAACCGGAAACCCAGCCGUCUCUGCCUCUCCUGCAGCCACUUUAUUGCCUUCGGCCCUGAAUGAAGCCCGCAGGCGGCGGCCCCGGGGAGAGCUGGGAAUGGCCGCCGUGCCCCUCAGCCAGCCGCUGCCCUGGACCUGCCCUGCCGACGUGCGGCUCUGCGGCCACCUGCGCGCAGACCCGCCGCGUCCCGAGUGUUCCAAAAGCAAGCAGAAGUUUCGGCGGGCCGAGCGCAGCCUGAGCCUGGCGGGCGCGUGCACCACCAGCGAGUGCGCAGACGCGCGCCAGCACCACCUGAUCGUCCUCUACACCCGCGACAGAAGCCUGCGCGUGGCGGCGGCAGGCGAAGCGGAGCAGCAGGCGUGAUACAACGCCCUGCUUGGGGAGCGCGGUGCCGCCGGUGAGGCCCGAGCCCCAGGCUUCCGGGGGCCCCGGGGGCUUGUGGCUGUGGUUUCUCCGUGGCUCGCCCCUCCCCCAGGUCGCCGAAAGUUCAAACAUUAAAGGGUUUGCAGGUUUAGAGUUCUCCGGGCACAGGCCGGGCGCGGCAGCUCACGCCUGUAAUCCCAUUACUUUGGGAGGCCAACGCGGGCUUAUCGCCUGAGGUCAGGAGUUCGAGGCCAGCCUGACCAACAUGGUGAAAUCCUAUCUCUACUAAAAAUACAAAAAUUAGCCGGGCGUGGCGGCGCAUGCCUGUAAUCCCAGCUACUCAGGAGAGUGAGGCAGGAGAAUCGCUUGAACCGGGGAAGCGGAGGUUGCAGUGAGCCAAGAUCAACCAGUGCACUCUUAGGUAACAGAGCUAGACUCUGUCUCAAAAAAAAAAAAAAAAAGAGUUCUCCAGGCACAAUGAGGCCCAGGUGCUCAGGGACCCUCCUAUGAGCACCUUCAGACUCCCUGUCCCCCAUCCCUGAGACCCCGGCUUCUGCAGCCCAGUCAAGCGGCCUGAGCCGUCGGGGGUGUCUGGGAGAGGGGAUCGAUCAAGCAGCCCUUAAGACCUUGGCGAGUCUGGGGGCAGCAGCCUCCUACCCCAAGGGGCGGGGUGGGGGCUACAUAACCAAGGGAGUGGGGAGUGACUACCAGCCCAUUCCUACAAGUCCGGGUUCAGGAGCCUGGACACAGGCCCAGGAGUGCCCAUCGCGAUGUGGGGGCUGGCUGGGGACGGGUAGGGACUCAGCGCUGCUCCUGCCCCUCUCAGAGCUGGCUGGGGAGUGAAGUGUGCACCAAGUUAUCGGCCCCAGAGAGCCUCAGAACAGACACCGCCAGUCCAGAGCCCCUGACAAGCUGCCUCAGCUAUGUUGAUCUGGACCUGGUUCUUUCUCUGGGGGCACUUGGUGACGUCCCCAGGGUCCGCACGCUCCGCCCGCACAGCUAUGCGGGCAUGGAGUUCUAGAGCUCCCGGGAGGUGCCAGUGAGGAGACCUGAGACCCAGGCAGCUCUCUCCUGCUGACUGAUGGGGGAGUGGUUGAGGGAGGGACUGGAGGGAACGGCACUGGAAUGCCCCCGCCCUGCCUCCUAACUCCCCACCGUGUGAGGGACUUUAAGGCCCAGAUGCCACCUCGGACAAGUGACCUGCAGGGCAACAAGCUGGGGUCCUGCCCCCUCUGUCCCUUCCAGCUGUGGCACCUAAGUCUUGAGUAGAAGGUUCUCCAAGAAGUUGGGCUAUUUUAUGGGAGAAAAUUCUAGAACCCAUCCCCGCCCAAACCACUGAGACUACACAUUUCUGGGCUUUCUGAGCUGAAGCCCUGAUCCUCUGUUUCUCUACAGAGUUCGUGCAAGAAUCGCUAGAGUCUCAGGUCGGCUGUGGCAGGGCCACCUUUCUGCCAGUGGUGACAUUCACAUGUACCGGCACCCUCCCCCACACACCUGCAGUGCGUUCUUUUUUUUUUUUGAGACGGAGUCUCGCUGUGUCACCCAGGCUGGAGUGCAGUGGCGCGAUCUCG